GCCGCCGCCGCCACAGCGGCAACACAACUUCCCGGCGAACGCUCCGCUCAGCCGCCGCUGCGACAGAGCGCCCUCACGCAUGCUGUCUGGGGAGCGCAUGACGGCGGAGCAGCAGGGGCAGCCGCCACAGCCGCAGCCGGAGCAGUCGCCCUCGCACCAGCCGCAGCAGUCCUCGUGCGGGCUGGGCUCGCUGCUGUCUGCCGGCUGCCGCGGCCGCGCAGAGGCUUUCGCGCGCCGCCUCAGCCGCCGCCUGCAGACGCUGGGCAUGGGAGGCGGCGCGGGGGCGGCGUCCGCCGACGAGGAGCGACCCUUCUGGGCGGCGCCGCCCUCGCAGCCACAGCCGCUGGCGCCGGUACAGGUGCAGCUGGCGCGCGUGCCCUCGGACGCCGACGUCUUCUACGAUCCCGUAGACAGCCCUGUGGAAGUGGCGCCGCCUGCGGCUGUGGCAGCCCCACUGCAGACGUGUUCUUCAGACAGUGACAGCUCUGAGGUGCUGUUCUUCGACCCCGAGUCGAGCACGAGCAACUGCAGCAGCGCCGGCGAGGAUGAGGCGUACGCGGCGUACAACGGCCGCGCCGCCUCCUCCGGCUCGGAGUCCACCUCGACGUCGACUUCGGACACGGGCACGCUGUCCGGCCUCUCCAGCAGCUCCUCCAGCGCCGUGCACGUCCAGCUGCCGGGACACGCCAGCGCCAGCGACGAUAGCAGAUCGACCAGGACACCGAGUGAAGAGACCCGGUCGUCUCCUCGAUCGCAGUCGGCAAGUGACGAUAGCCGACCCCUGAGCGAGCUGUCAGCGCUCGAACCGACGCCGAGUUCGUACUCCACGUUAGAAGAUUCGGUCGCCACGGCAGAGUUUUCUGUCUUGGAGGACGGAGUGCCCCCUCAGUCGGACAGGCUGAAGGAAAUGCCGGAAGAGGAGGCGGAGGAGGCGCUGAGUGCAGUCGUGAGGAGGCUGGGGCUCACCAACGGCGAAGCUGGACACGGCGGGUGCGACUGCGUAGUGCGCCUGCACAGUGGCAAGUGCGUCAUCCACCACAGCAGUCUGCGUAACGGAACAGACGCGUUGCACCACCGCCCCGAGAGCGAAGUCGACCGCCUCAAAGGCUCGGACCACCAAGAGGACAGUAACGGAGCGGCACUGAACGGAGAUUCGGAGACUGAAUACGAGAGGACAUUUGUGUCCGUCGACUUGCAGAUGAACUGUCAGUUGGACGCUGAAGCCGAAGCGCCGGUGGAAGAGGGAGGAGUUACGGAUGACGACGGCCCGCGUGAGCGGAUUAUUAGCGAGGAGAAGUCGGCAGAGAACCUGCGUGCACUGUGCGAAGAGGUCUCUGGGGAACGCGAGGAGAGGCACGAAGAGGCGACGAACGGUGUGUGCGUGGAAGCGGACGCCUCGCAGCAGGUGGAGUGCCUCAUCGUGGUGAGCCCCGAACCGGAGGACGAAGCGGAGGCGCAACAGGAGAAGGAGCGGCCUCCCGCCAACGGCAGCGGCAGCGGCAGCGCCUCCAACGACGAGGACGACGACUCUCGGCCGCAGCGCGUCCGCCGCUGCUCGUCCCUCAAGAGCGGCAAGACGCCCCCCGGCACGCCGGGCCGCAAGAAGAUCGUGCGCUUCGCCGACGUCCUCGGCCUCGACCUGGCCGACGUGCGCACCUUCCUCGACGAGAUCCCCAAGAUCCCCAGCUCGGCCUACGACGACCUGCGCGACGUCGACCUGGCCACCUCGGCGUCCAGCUUCCCGCCGGCGCCGACGACGGCCAUACUGGGCGAUUCCCAGCAGCAGUCGUUCGCGUUCCCCACCGCCCGCACGCUGGUGCCUCUGUUCCAGCAGCCUUGGACGCAGCCGGACUUCUUGGACCGUGUGCGCGACAGACAGGUGUGCCUGGAGAGCGCCACACUGCAGGACCCGGCGCUGCUGUCGCUGAGCGGCGUGGUGCGCGUGCGCAACCUGGACUUCCACAAGUCGGUGCACGUGCGCUACACGAUGGACGGCUGGCGCACGUGGGCGGACGCGCAGGCGCGCUACGUGGACGGCUCGUGCGACGGCUUCUCGGACCGCUUCUCGUUCGUGGUGUACGCGGACGCGCUGCCCGCCGGCGGCCGCCUCGAGCUGGCCGUGCGCUUCCAGUGCCGCGGCGCGCAGUUCUGGGACAGCAACGGCGGCGCCAACUACGCCUUCCAGUGCGUCGCCUCCGCCGCCGCCCCCGCGGUAGAGCCGCUCAGCCCCGUCGACGACCGCUGGCCGUCCUUCUACUAGCGGCCCCCGGGGGCGCCACAGCGACGUCGCGGUGCCGGCCGCUACUGGCGAGACACCUAGCGGCGCGGCUCGCAACCCGCCCGCAAGCCUAGGCUACGGCUACUUCGCAGCCUACAAAUUCGUACAUAACCACCAUUCUGUACCCUCACCUCCUGCAGUCACAUUUUAAGCCGAAUGUAAAAUAUUAUUUAGUUACUGUCAGCGUAACAAAAGUGAGAGUGGGACGCGUGCUAUGGCAACUGACAAAUUGAAUAAUCAUUCGGGAAGCGGUCAGCCAGAAGGUUCCUCGUGGUGUAACUCCACUAGAAACUCGAUAAGUUUGAGGGCCUAAACAUCAACAUCAGCUGUUACCUAGUUAAUGCAAACGCUGCGUAAAAACGAAUAGUUGAACAUCGCGAAUGUGCAAAAACUAUAUCGAGAAUUCUAAUUAGACAUGCUUAUUCAGCUCCGUACAAUUCUCAUAGGAAUAGUAUCUCACCAGAAACAUAAGUUACUGUGUUAUAUGCGAAAGACCGAGAAAGAUUCAGAGUGGCUGGUACAUACGUGACAAGUAUCCCAUAUUCUAAAAGUUAAUUAAUAGAAAGAUAUUUUUGCACAAAAGCGCCUGUCAGGCUUCUAUAUCAUUUUCGAAGAUAGUAUGUUUUAUGGCGAUCGGAAGAUCUAAAGCACAUGAUACUAUGGUUGUAUGGCUGUGUGGGGAGAAGACGGAGAGAGGGAGUUGUAGAGGGGUUGGGGGACGACGGGGGAGGGAGGGAGGGGGAGAGAGAGAGAGAGAGAGAGAGAGAGAGAGAGAGAGAGAGAGAGAGAGAGAGAGAGAGAGAGCGAGAGCGAGAGCGAGCGAUAUUUUCAUUCACUCGUAGAUGUGCCAGGAUCGAGUUCGUAUUUGAUUUCAUCGUCGGUGUGUCGUCGUGAAAUGAAGACAUAUGAUGAAAGGUUUUAUAUAUAUUCUUUGUACUCGGAUUAGCAUGUGCUGCCGAAUACUGUUGUUGUGAAUUCAUUUGCUAAUAAACUCAGAGUUGAGAAACAAAACGUGAAGGAUAUUUCGAUGUGGAAAACAAAACUGAGCAAAAAGAUAUAUAAUCGGACGUCUUGCACCUUAAAGGUUAUUGACACAUAGUUAUUUCAAAUGAACGUUUAUCGUGCAGAUGGUUGACAUUUUGCGAGUGAUGGUCCUCAGUUUAUUGUUUGGGGAGUCCUGUGGGAGAUAUGGAGAAGAAGUAGUACAAAAUCUCCGAGUGUCAUUGUAAAGUCUAAGGCAGUAUACACACGAACAGCUGAAACUUAACGCAAGAUGGGGAUUUUAACUGAUACUGGUUCAUAGAAUUGGUUGCUGCCAACGCGGUUUCUUGUUUUGAACUAAAAUAGGUCCACAGGUUGUAUCUAUGGGUUGGUAACUUAUAUAGCUGGUCAGGACUUCCCCAUAUGCUCUUCACAACGGAAGAAAUGAAUUUCAGUGUCACUGUAUAUAUGUAGAAGAUAUCGCGAUCUGGGACUGCCGUCAUACUAACAGUGCGUCAGUACUCGAAGACUGAAUUAUACACUAGUUUACAUUAUAGAUAUUGAUUGGUAUAAAUACUUUUACGUUGGUCUGAUUUAUAGCUUUAAUUUAUCUUAAACUGGUAAAGUUACAGUUACGUAGUUCUGUUCAGAAAUGCGCGCACUUUCAAAGAAGAGGAACUGAAGGGAGAGUAGUGAAUAGAAAUUAACGAAAUCUUAGCCCCAUUCAUGCACUAAUACACGUCCAUAUUGACACUGAAACGAUAACCUCGUAACACCUUCAUAAUAACGUUGGGCCAACAGUGACACCUUCUUGAAGACGUGAUCACAGACAAUACUUACCAUAUCACAAACAUGACUAUACUACAUUGUUGCAGAUUGUUAAUAUUUAACCAUUCAAAGAAUCAAUUGCAUGAUUAGAGCAGUAAAUAAAAUUUCCUUGCAGUACAGUAGAGAGAAUUAUUUAAAAUAUGUUUUUUAUAAAUUAUUUCGAAAUAUUUUUGUACUUCAUUAUACUGACUAUUGGUCUGAUGGAGAGACAUGUUUUACCCAUUGUGUAUAUCAGUUGACAAAACUGCAAUAUAUGACUGGUGGUACUUCUUGACUGUUAAUAAUUUUCAACAAGGAAAUAAAACUGCAAAAAUAUGUACAUAUAGACAAUUAAAUAGCAGUUGCAAGUAAGAUGUCUAGCAUUUUAGCAUAAACCUCGGCCGCAGUGCAGUAAUAAUGAAUCUGCCUUACUUUUUGAAAUUGAUUUCUCAGGUGUAGGAAAUAAGAGUUCCUUCAGAUGGGCUAAUAUUCAACUGUUUCUAACAGACAGUAGUUCUCCCAUUUUAUUUAGUUAUCUCUUCAUAUUUUUUUAUGCAAUGGCCAAAGCUCUUAUUUUUAUAGGAUUCUCAGAUUUCCUUGAAAUUUUAAUUUUUUACGUCUGUUAUGGAAAGAGCGAGUACUAAUGAAUAUUUUCAGUGGUAAAGAUUAACAGUUUUUGAAGUAUUCUGUACUUUAUAGUUGAGGGGUGGUUACAGUAAUUAUACUGCGGGUAAUUAAUUGAAACACCAAAGCGUAGAGUUUAUUAAAUUGUUGUUCUCAGAUGUUUAUAACGCACUAAUAAAUGAAUAUAAUGCAAUUGAAAUGUGUAUUAGAUACAUGUGUAAAAGUUUACACAGUCAGUCAGUUUGAAUAAAAUUCUUCUGGGAUUGUGGUCACGUUGUUGUGAUUUUGGGAGAAGGAACUUUAUAUUAACUGAAAAUAGAAUUUAAACGCUGCCUAAGAAUACACUGAAAGACAGCACCAACAUUCAACGUAAUCAAACAGGUGGGUAGCAUUUAAUAAAGAACUAACAGAUUGUAAGUUAAGAGCAUCUUCUAUCACCUUCUCAGAAACUUUUAAAAUUCCAUUGUCAAUUCAUGGUUUUUAUCGGUGUAUUUCACAACAUGGUGCCCUCAGAAACCCGGGGACUUUUAUUGGAACUAUGUGUUCAAUAUUUUUGUGAUUGAAGAUAUAUAAAUUAGAAUUUAGACAUAUGAUGGUUAAGAAAGGUCAUGUGCUCUACUUUCUGCAUCUUGAUGUGACAAAUAGUUCUAUAUGAAAAACAUAAUAAAUUUCAAAAUGUGUUCCUAUUUAUUAAAACGUUAUUUUACUAGGGGUUUAUCGAUCAAUAAGAAAUGUUAUUCUAAAUGUUAUCACGUAAAUUAUAUAUUGCUGCGAAGCAAACAGAUGUUGCAACAGUUGCUGAAGGCAUGUUACAGAGCCAGCCAUCGUAUAGUUGGAUUAGUAGAUUUUGAAAGAAAUGUUACAUCUGAGAACAGCCUUUCCAAGUGACACAAUGUGUUAUCUGGUUACGUCAAUAUAGAUAAAAAUUGUCUUGGUAAGCUUUUGUGCAAGUUGUGUUUGUGUGUGCCUGUGCGUGUCUGGUUACAGCAUAGCUAUUAUUAAUUGAAAAAAACUAUAAAAGUAGGAGGCUUUAUCUCAUGAUCUUUCACUCCGUUUUAAGGAAUUUAAGAUUCUUCAGUAAGCAAUAUCUAGUUACUAAAAUCAUUUAUGUAACUUCUGUGUACUGACUUGGAAACCAUAAGGCUUCCAUUAUCAUUAAAAAAUAAGAAAAUUGUACCUGAGCCAUACAGAAAUAUGUGCUGUUAAGUAUCUGGAAAUAAAGUCUAUUCUUAAAUU